UACAAGGAAACGGGAAGCCCCAGCACAUAGCUUUGACUUCCAGAAGUUUCCCAGACCACUCAUGAGUAAGUUGAGUCAACGUUGCGGGUAUUAAGCCACAAUUCAGGUCUGAAGAAACACAUUUGGUCAUCUGGGACAAGGCAAAGGUGGAUCCUGAGAGAUGUCUGAAGAAAUUCUUCUGAGAGAAAAGAAGCCGAGAACCCUGCCUCGCUCUGAUGGGUGUGGCCUUUACAACAGUGAAGGUUUGGAUUUGUCUAAAGGCUUGAGGAUCGUCCUGGUGGGCAAGACUGGAUCAGGGAAAAGCGCAACGGGAAACACCAUCCUUGGGAGAUCUGCCUUCAAAGAGGAUCCGAGCCCAGUGUCUGUGACCCAGCACUGUGAGACGGGGAGCGGGGAAGUGGAUGGGACGCCGGUCCAAGUGAUUGACACUCCAGGGCUGUUUGACACAGCCAUCACAGAGCAAGAAAUAAAAUCCAGAAUAGAGGAGUGUGUCAAGAUGUCUGUACCUGGCCCCCAUGCCUUCCUGCUUGUGAUCAGGCUUGGAGUCAGGUUUACGGAAGAGGAAAGAAAUGCUGUGAAGUGGAUCCAGGAUAACUUUGGAGACGAUGCCUCCAUGUACACUAUCAUGCUGUUCACGUGUAAAGAUCAAGCGAAAGCUGACAAUGCUCUGAAGGAGUGCAAGGAGCUGCGGAGACUUUCAAUUACAUUUGGACGCAGGUACCACUCCUUCAACAACAACGACGCAGACGAUCCGGAGCAGGUCUCAGGGCUGAUAAAUAUGAUCAAAGAAAUGGUACAGGACAACGGCGGGAAACACUACACAAAUGAGAUGUAUGAGAAAGCCCAGAAGAAGCUGAGAGAGGAGGAGGAGCAGAGGAAACAACAGGAGGAAGAGAAGAAAGAGGAAGAGAGGAAAUUGUGGGAUGAAGAGAGGGAGCAGCAGCAGAAAGAGAGAGAAAAAGAGAAAAAAGUUCGAAAGAAGAACAUACGUGUGAGCGCAGCGGCCGCGGUUGUGUUGGUGCUGGCUGGGGUGAUUAUAGCAGUGGGAGCUGACACCACUGUGGCUCUGGCUUUAGGCGCUCCUGCACUCCUCCUGGGAAUCAUGUGUGGAAUAGCUGCCAUUUCAUUAUGGAAAGGCUUAACAUGCAAACCUAAAGCAAACAGUCCAGUGUAACGUAGAGGGAUGCCAAUAGAAUGACUUGAUUAUCAGUCUGUAGGAUGUGACAAUGAACUGAUAAAAAAAUUUGCAAAAUUACAGAUGUGUCAAUAUCAUAAGUACUGCAGUGUUGAGCGCUAAUUAUAGGUGUUUAUGUGUUCUAUAUUAUACUAUAUUAUAUAUUGUACUUUCUGAUUCAAAGCUGCAGAAACAACAUCAUGUGAAUUUAAAGAUGAAAACAGACAAUAUUAAAUGGAAAUCUUGUUUUCUGUUUAUUUGAA